AUGCGCCGCCGCCCCGCCUGGCCCCAGCCCGCUGAUCACCUGCGCCGGGUCCUGGAGCAUCUGGAGGCGGUCGGACAGAUCGUGUACUUCACCGCUACCUUCUCCUACGUGGUCCUCGUCGUGCUGCUGGUGCGCGGAGUGCUGCUGCCCGGCGCCCUGGAUGGCAUCAUCUACCAUCUCAAGCCCGACUGGUCCAAGCUGGGGUCCCCGCUCGCAGCCCGGCAGCGGUGCGUUGCGAGCACGGGGUGGGAGUUUCCGAAGAGAAGGAUGGAUCGUGCGCUGACGCCGUAUCGCCUGCCGUGAGCCAGAACGCUGGGUCCUCCUCGGAGGCCGGCGACCGCCUCCUGUCCCUCUCCAGCCCGGGUUUAUGCCUCGUGGAGGCUCUCAGCGGCGCUGACCAACUUUGCACGAAAAGGCAAGUCGGUCUCAGGACACACGGAGGGCGCCUGGGCGGCUCGGUUGAGCACCUGCCGUGGGGGCUCACGUCAUGCUCGCGGGGGUUGCGAUCCAGCCCCACGUGGGGUUCCCUGCUCACCACGGAGCCUGCCUCUCCCUCUCCCUCGGCAGCCCCUCCCGCUUGUGCGCUCGCUCGCUCGCGCUCUCCCCCUCUCUCUCUCUGUGUCAACUUGGCAAGUUAAUCUUGGGGAAAAAAAUUAAAGACACCUGCAACACGGAAUGAGUACACAGGGACAGUCUAAAGCUGGAAACGUCGAGCAUGCUCAAAUUCCCUCUUUAAAUCCCCGAGAAGUACACUCGACCCUUGCACAACAGAGCCGCCACCCCGCACCACAGAAGAAUGCGUGUGACCC